GCGCCUUUUGGGAGACAACAGUUAAAAUAAAACAGCUUUUAUUGCUGAAUCGGCUCCUUCUGUCACGUUGCACCAGGUGAUCACGGCGGGUUGGUUGGUUUGUUUGUAAUGUAAAGAAGUUGUUUCAGGGCGGUGGGGGACGCCGCAGGUUCUCUCCGAGCGCCCCGUGGGGAGCGGCUCCCAGUCCCGGGCAGCCGCAGGGAUUUCCUCCGGCGAACCGUGCCGGGGGGGCCGGGCUCACAUGACGGGGCGGGCCGGGCCGGGCUCCCGUAGCCCCGCAUUGCUCCGCCGGCUCCCGGGCUGUGCCCCGCCUCGCUCCUGCCCUGUCAUCCCUUCCCUUCCCCGCAGCGGGUGUCUGUCUGUCCGCCCCCCGCCUGGCUCUCCCUCCCUCGCUGCCGGGACCGCCGCCGUGUCCUUGUCCCCGUCCGCCGGCAUGCCGGGGCCUCUGCCCCCCACCCAGCUGUACGCCUCGGAGCGGGUGGUGGUGCUGGUGUCCUGCGUGCUUUCCUUCCUGGGUUCCAGCCUCCUGGUUUGCACCCAUGCCCUGUGGCCGGAGCUGCGGACUCGUCCCCGCCAGCUCCUGCUCUACCUGUCGCUGGCGGAUCUCCUCUCGGCCCUCUCUUACUUCUACGGGGUGCUGCAGGACUUCGACAGGACCUCGUGGGACUGCGUGCUGCAAGGCGCCCUGUCCACCUUCUCCAACACCAGCUCCUUCUUCUGGACCAUGGCCAUUGCCCUCUACCUCUACAUCACCAUUGUGAGGGGCUCGCCCACGGGCACGGGCUUGCUCUGCUGCUUCCACGCCGUGAGCUGGGGGGUCCCCCUUGGCAUUACGGUGGCGGCGGUGGCUCUGAGGAAGAUCGGCUACGACGCCUCCAACGUUUCCGUGGGCUGGUGUUGGGUCAACCUGGAUGCAGAGGAUCGGGUCUUGUGGAUGUUGUUAGCAGGGAAGGUUUGGGAGAUACUGGCCUAUGUGACUCUGCCAGUGCUCUACAUUCUCAUCAAGAAGCACAUUAAUAGAGCGCAUGCAGAUCUCUCCGAGUAUCGCCCCAUCCUCUCAAGAGCACCUGCAUUGCAGCCCCGGACUUCGGUAGCAGAUAAGAAGUUGAUCCUCAUCCCAAUCAUCUUCAUCAUCCUCCGCAUCUGGAGCACCGUGCGAUUCGUUCUGACCCUCUGUAACUCCCCUGCAGUGCAAAACUCAGUCCUGGUUGUCCUGCAUGGAAUCGGUAACACGUUCCAAGGAGGUGCCAACUGCAUUAUGUUCGUCCUCUGUACGCGGGUGGUCCGGACUCGGCUGUUUUCCUCCAUUUGCUGUUGCUGCUACGAUGAGCUGGAUUGGCCUUUGCAAAGAUCAAACAGCUCCUGGCAGCGCCCAGAACCCCACAAAGACAAGGAUGUGCCAGGUCCCGAACGGACGAAACCCCUGCUUUCCAGCACCUGAGCUGGGCUGUCGCAUCUCGGUGUGGAUUUCGUUCUCGCAGGUCCGGGAUCAUCCCAGAGGGACUCAGCCUGGGGAGAAGCACCACUGGAGUGGCUGAGCCAACAGAAGAGGUGCAUGCAGAUACCAGCUGCUUUGGUCUUGAACUUUGCUCAGGAUCCUCUGGAAGACACUGUUUGGCUGUACUCCGACAUUCUGGUCUUCCCUCCUUCCCCUCUCCCUCCACUCUACAUCUUAAUUGUUUGGGGUGUUGCUUUUCUGUCUGACAAGGCCAAAUGUGUUGUGAGUUCUGGGAUGAUCAAAUAUCACGGUGACGGAAAACUUUAGUAGCUGCUGAAUAGGACUGUCCUGGGCAUGGAUUUCAGUCCUGGUGCGUGAGGCCUUCCAGGGAGCUCCAGACCGGCUCCUGUUCUUCACUUGAAUGUGGACUAUGGUGUCCAAACAUGCUGCUUUUGUGGUGGUGACGGAGGGUUCCUCUUGAUGGUUUAUUCCUCCUCCUUGGUGGUCAGGGGUCGUCAUCAUCAGGGUUUGUGGUGCAGCAUGUUUGUUGCCUCCUGGGGAAAUCUCAACUCUGCAGACUUCGAUGGUGCUCGGGGUCCCGGGAUGUGCCACCCGGCGUCCCGCAAGGACAUCCCACCCCAGCAGCAGGAGGUGCCUGCACGUGUCUGAACGCCACAAGUCCUCUGCUCAAGCACAGGCUGCACUCGGUUCUUGCUUUGGGCACGUUGUAUUGGAGCUGGGGAAGGGGUGGUUUUUUGUUUGCUCUUUGGAGGUUGUGUGUUACCUUAUUUAUAGCUCCUUAUUUGCUUGGUUUUUAGACAUUUUCUCCAACUUUUACAAAAUAAAGUUUUAUUCUUUACCAA